GCCCGGCCUGGCACGGCGGGGCGCUCGGUACCGGCACAGCGGCCGGGGCUGCGCACCCUGCCUGGUUGGUCCCGGCGCUGGCCCGGUCUCCCUCACCCUGGUGUCCCCGCCCUGAUCCUUAUGCCCUGUCCCAGCCCUGUCCCCAUCCCUUCUCCCAGCCCUGCCUCCCUCGCCGUGUCCCAGGCCUUAUUUCCACACCUCCCCAGCCCGCUGGCGGACAAGCCCCGGGAUGCCGGGAUAACAUGACCGUGGAGUCACAGGGCGAUGUGUCAGCCCGGGAGUUACACGAUUCCUGGCUGCUCGGUGAGCCGGUCUGCCGUGCCUUGUGAAACAGGCAGUGGUGGCACCAUGCAGCAGGAGGCGGAGGGCAGCCGGGUGCGCCGCAGGAAGCCCGACAUGGCCCUCUACGUGCCCAAAGCGCGGCGGGAGAGAGAGGCACAGGCGGCAGCUAACACACGGGUUGGGCACCGCCGGGAGCCUGAGAACCACCUCCUGCCGCAGGACUCGGGCUGGACCAGUGGCGAGGGGCAGAGGCAAAGCCCCCGUGCCAGAACACAGGUAGGCAGAGCGGCAAGGAGGGACAACAAGGUGGAUGCUGGCCCAAGGGAGCUGCGGACAGCCUCUGCCAGGCACAGCCACAGGACGAGAGGCAGCUGCCCUAUUGCACUGGAAAGCCUGCAGGCAUCGCCCAGUGUGUGUGAGCCAUGCCCAGAUCCAGCUGUUGCUCAGCCCUGGGACAGUCAGGACAAAACAUCUCAUGAAGAGCCCGGAGAGCUCAACCAUGGCCACAGGAUGAUACGGACUGAGCCUGACCCUUCAUCCCCGCAGAGUGCUCAGGCUGGGGCUGUGAAGGCUACCCCUGAGCCUGGGGAUGACUCCACUGGCUCAACACCCGCUGCUAGCCCAGCAGUGGUUUGUGAGACAGCCCUGGGUGACAUGUUGGAGGACUUGGGGGACAGCACCCUAGAUCCAGCUGGGGACCUCUCCCAAAACCUAGGAGAGGCUGCCCUGCAGUCAGCAGGUGUGGGCAGCCAUGGCAAGGUGCUCCAUUUGGUGGGGGAGACAGUGGGUCUGAAAGCCAGGGAGGAGGAGAGAGAGGAGGAGAGGUCUCUCCUGGCAGAGCAGAGCAAGAAUUGUGCCACUGGGGUACCGGAGGAAGAGGAGAUGUGGGGAGGCAGAGCUGAGCUUCCUGGGGAGAGCACCUUGUGUGCACCAGGAGCCAGCUGUGAACCUGUGUUCUUGAGGGGUAAUGUGGGCGAUGUUCCAGUACUGCCAGGGGGGAGCACUCCACAGCAGGGCAAGGGCAGCCCACCCCAGCUCCUGCCUGUCAUGGAGGAGAGCACUGCUGGUGCUGGGGAUCCCAGAGGGGAGGGUGACCUGGUGCCUGCUGCAGAGGAAGCAGGCAGCACUUGUGUCUGCACGGAUAGCAGUGCUGGGGCUGAGAGCAGCCCGUGGGAGGAAGCACCUCUGGAAAGCUGUGAGCCCCCACCGCCCCUAGAGCUGCUGUGCCAUGGCGUGGAGGGGAUCUCACCUGCAUCCUGGGCCAAGGAGCUGUCAGGGCCAGAUGAGGAUGUGGGCUCGCUGCAGAAGCACCAGGAGGCUGAAAAAGAAGAGAGAAGUCUCCACAGCAGCUCUCCCAAGGAAGGACAGACCAGUGCCAGUGCUGAAACCCAGAGCCAGAGCAGCCCGGGUGCUGAGGAGAGCUGGGAUAUGCUGUUCAACGAUGAUGGGGACUGCCUGGACCCACGCCUGCUGGAGGAGCUCUCAGGGGGUGAGAAGCAGCAGGAGAGCCGGCAGUCACCCCGCUUCAACUACUAUGGGGCCGAGCCUGCUGCGCCGGACAUCAGCGAUGAUGAGCUGCCCCACGUCAUCGAGAUCUACGAUUUCCCCUCGGAUUUCCGCACCGAGGAUCUGAUGCGCGUCUUCUGCAGCUAUCAGAAAAAAGGCUUUGAUAUUAAGUGGGUGGAUGACACACAUGCCCUGGGCAUCUUCUCCAGCCCCAUAACAGCACGCGAUGCCCUCAGCACCAAGCACCUGAUGGUGAAGACACGCCCGCUCUCCCAGGGCACCCGCGCCUCUAAAGCCAAAGCCAGGGCAUAUGCUGAGUACCUGCAGCCAGCCAAGGAGCGCCCUGAAACAUCAGCUGUCCUGGCCAGGCGGCUGGUGAUUGGUGCCCUGGGGGUACGGAGCAAGCAGACACCAGCCCAGAGAGAUGCCGAGCGCAGGAAGCUGCAAGAAGCUCAAGAGAGGAAGCGCCUGGAGAACAAGCAGCGGGAGGAUGCCUGGGAGGGCCGGGACUGAGCCAGGAGGCUGCACUUUCAGCCCAUAUCCCUCUCUGCAGACAGGCAGAGCACUCUGCGUCUCAGAGCUGGGACAGAUUCUGCACUGUGUCCGAAAGCACUGGGCUGCUUCACCAGAAGGGCUGAGCAGCACAUGGCCUGGUUGGUGCUGUGGGGAUGCUGUUGCUGUCAGGCAGCACUGCCCACCCUGUCCAGGGCAGAACCCCCAAGGCUGCCAGCCACAGCAGGAGCAACAGCAGGAUGCAGGGACCUCAGCAGAGAGCAUGGGGGGAUGUGUGGGGCAGCCCUGGCCACCUGGCAGGGCCUUGUGAGUGAGAUUUUCUGUUCUUUAUUUUGCUAAUA